AUGGUCUCGAGACCAGCGGAUGCCAUACAAGCCGCCAAAGCCCACCCGGAAAUGCAAACGAAAACAGACAACAAAAAAGUUGCAGAUUUUAUUAUUAUUAUUAUUAUUAUUAUUAUUAUUAUUAUUAUUAUCUCUCUUUUUUCUUUCCAUUAUUUCAAUUUUUCUCUUUUUUUCUUUCCAUUAUUCUUAUCCUCUCCCUUUUUUGUUUCCAUUAUUCUUAUUCUCUCACUUUUUCUUUCCGUUAUUUCAUUUUCCCUCUUUUUUCUUUCCAUCAUUCAUAUUCUUUCUCUUUUUUCUUUCCAUUAUUUUAUUCUCUCUCCUUUUUAUACUUUCUUUUACUCUUAUUCUUUCUUUUUCAUCUCUUCUCUCACCCUCCUCAUGUUUUUCAUUUCUACACAUUUUCCUUUCAUUCCCUUUUCACUUUCCUUCCCUAUUCUCUUUUCCGAGUUAUCUUUUCUUUUUUUAUUAUUUCUUUUUGUUUAUAUUCUUUCAUUUUUAUGUUUUUUUAAUUCUCUUUUUAUCAUAAAUGUCCUUUUCCUCUUUUGUCUUUCUUAUUCGUUUCAUCUCUUUUACGUUAUUUUCCCGAUUUUCUUUUCUGUCUUUUCCUCUUUCCUUCCUUCCAAUAUUUUCUUGCCUUCAUUUAUUUAUUUCUUUAUCUGUUUUUCUUUCUCUUUUUUCUUAUUUUUCUCCUUUCUUUAUUUUUUAACUUGCUUUUUUGAUACUUUGUUUAUUUUUUGCUUUCUUAAAAUUUACUUAAAAUUUUCUUUCCUUUUUUAUUCCUUCCUUUAUUUAUUCUUUUUUCGUUUUCCUUUUAUUCUUUUAUUCCUUUUUUUGCUUUUCUUUAUUCUUUUAUUCCUUUUUUUGCUUUUCUUUAUUCUUUUAUUCCUCUUUUGGCUUUUCUUUUAUUCUUUCAUUCCUCUUUUGGCUUUUCUUUUAUUCUUUCAUUCCUCUUUUGGCUUUUCUUUUAUUCUUUCAUUCCUUUUUUGGUUUCUUUUAUUCCUUCAUUCCUUUUUUGGUUUCUUUUAUCCCUUCAUUUUUUUUUUUGCUUUUAUUUCAUUUUUUCAUUCUUUUUUUGCUUUUAUUUUAAUCUUUCAUUCUUUUUGCUUUUAUUUUAUACUUUCAUUUCUUUUUUUUUGCUUUUCUUUUAUUCUUUCAUUCCUUUUUUCUCUUCUUUUAUUUUUUCAUUCCUUUUUAUUUUUAUUUUAUUCUUUCAUUCCUUUUUUUUGUUUUUCUUUUAUUCUUUCAUUCAUUUUUUCUUUUAUUCUUUCAUUCCUUUUUGCUUUUAUUUUAACCUUUCAUUCCUUUUUGAUUUUAUUUUAUUCUUUCAUUCCUUUUUCAUUUCUUUUAUUUGUUCAUUCCUUUUUUUUUUGCUUUUCUUUUAUUCUUUCAUUACAUUUUUAUCUUUAG